CCACACAGGGGGCGCUGUUGUGUUUUUGAGCGAGCCAGCUCUCAUUUCCUCACACAUACGAAGUAGCGGCAUCUCAACCAACGAAAACAAAACUGCUGCAAGUUCAAACUAGAGCAAGCACCAAGAGAGACAGGGCUGUGAAUAGUGAGCAGGGGAGGCUGUCAAGACAUCGUCAAUAUGGACGAUAUGGAGGAUGACACCACAAUAUUCUCAACGCUAAAAUCUUUCAAGAGUUUGAUAUCAUGUCCAGAUCGCUCUUUGCUGGAGACCGAGCCAGCCUAUGGAAGAAGUGACCUUCAGAAGCUCUAUACUAAAAGAGUGGAGUUGGAGGAGGCUGCAGAGCGUGUCCGUUCUCACACUAGCAUGUUGCAGCUCACUCAAGAAAAACAACAGAUGGAGCUUAGUCACAAACGGGCACGUAUAGAGCUGGAGAAAGAGGCACACAGCAGCACCAGAGACUUACAGAGGGAAAUUGACCGUAACAGGGAGUUACUGCUGAAGAUCAGACGUCUGGAAGAAAGAGAAGAGAAAGCAAAUCAAGCUCUUAAUGAACAAACGGAAAACAACAAGGUUUUAAAGCGUAACCUUGAGGAACUCCACAAGAAAGCAAAUGAAAAAGACCGCAAACUUACCGAGGCAGACCAGAUGAUCAGUGAGUUGAACGAUGAGACACGAAGGCUUAAUCAAAAGAUCCAGAUUCAGGAGUCUAAAUUCUCAACCCAGAACCUUGAGAUUCAGGCUCUGCAGGAACAACUGGAUGUGCAGCGCAAGAAGUACCAGGAUGUCAGUCAGAGGUACCACAAUCUGCAGUCAUCUCAUUCCAUCAGCACAGAGAGUGAACUCAAGAUGAAGGAGUUGGAGAGACGUUUGGCUCUUCAGGAGCAAGACUCUGUGAUUGUGAAGAAUAUGAAAUCUGAAAUGGCCAGGCUGCCUGAACUGGAGCGGGAAAUUAAACGUCUGCGGGAGGAAAACACUUUCUUACGAGAGACAAAAGAGAACAACAGUCUGCUGAAAGAAGAGACUGAGGGGUUGAGGAGGAAGCUGGAGAGGGUGGAGAGAGUGAUGGAGGAGAAACUCAAAGCAGAGUUGGAGAAAGAGAAACUGGAGCAAGAGCUGCAGGCUUGGGAAAACAUUGGCCAGGCCGCAGGGCUUAAUAUUAGGAAACCUGAAGAUUUGUCCAGGGAGGUGAUACAAAUUCAGCAGCGAGAACUGAACCUGAAACAGCAAAACUACACACUCAAUAGCAGCAUUCGUUCUGUAGAAAAGGCCCGUGCUGAGCUCCUGCCUGAGAUCGCUCAACUGCGUGCCAAAGCUCAAGAGGAACAGAAGAAACGAGAGAACCAGGAUUCCCUUGUCCGUCGUCUGCAGAAAAGAGUCCUUCUACUCACUAAGGAGCGUGAUGGAAUGAGGGCCAUAUUAGAAUCGUACGACAGCGAGUUGGCCACAAGUGAAUACUCCCCUCAGCUCAUGCUCCGGGUCAAGGAGGCUGAGGACAUGCUGCAGAAAGUCCAGGCACACAAUACUGAGAUGGAGACUCAACUGUCUAAAGCCCAGGAAGAAGCAGGCACCUUCAAAUUACAAGUUCAGAUGGUGACUUCUGAACUUGAAGCUCUGAAAGAGCAGCAGGUGUCUAAUACUGAGAAAAAUGUUUUAGCAACAGCAGAGGAAGUCAGCUCUCUCAGGCAGAAGAUUGAGGAAUUGGAGACAGAACGUCAGCAGCUGGAAGAGCAAAACAACAUUCUGGAAAUGAGACUAGAGAGGCAUAACCUCCAGGGAGACUAUGACCCUGUGAAGACAAAGGUGAUCCACCUGCAAAUGAACCCCACCAGCAUUGCAAAGCAGCAGCGCGCUGAAGAUGUGGAACAGCUGAGGUUGGAGUGUCAGCUCUUGAGGGACCGAAUCCGGAAAAUUGAGGCAGGUGGUGGGGUGACAACAGAUGACACUACCCUCAUCAUCCCACCUUCACAAGAAAUACUGGACUUGCGUAAGCAGAUGGAAAGUGCAGAAUUGAAGAACCAACGCUUGAAGGAAGUGUUCCAGAAGAAGAUUCAAGAGUUCCGUACUGCUUGUUACGUACUUACUGGGUACCAGAUCGACAUCACCAUGGAGAACCAGUACCGGCUCACUUCUGUUUAUGCUGAGCAUAUGGAAGAUUCAUUAUUGUUUAAGGGGUUUUCAGAAAAGAAAGACGCAUUGGUUAGAAGAGCCUGAAGCUUCGUACCACAGUUGGUGGUUUGUUGUUUGACUCACAAUUCUGAGAAGCGUGAAAAUCAAAAGAGGGACUUUAAAACCCAAGGCAAAGGACAGGCGUCUGAAGAACUGCUGUUGUAUUCAACCUCAUCUGAACCAGCUCAGCAGCUCCUCCAGCCUCAGGUGCAUCUGUUUCUCCACAGGUCGUCACAUCCUCUUCAGUCAGUGCAUUUGCUGAGGUGGGUGCAGAUGACGGUGUUCCUACAUUAUAGGAAUAUGACAGUUUUACUUUUAAGCAGGAAGUAGAGAAAAACAAUGACCUAGAAUAACUCCAUCAAUCAUUGUGGUAACAAGUACGCUAGUAUGUUGAGUGUCAGCCCCUGAGAUGUGACUGCACUGUAUACUCUCCGUUGAUAAAGUAAGAUUGGAGAGUUUUUAUUUAGGCCUAUUUAUUUUUUUAUAGAUGAGCAGAGUUCAGGUAACACUUUGAACUUGCAGACAGAUUGCAUAGUAUGUGAGAGUAAAUCAAAUGAAUGUUUUCAUAAUGUCUUGAAAUACACCCUUGUGUACUUUCUUUACUUCAUAGUGCACUUUUGUUUAUGGUUGCAUAUAUAAAUGGCUUUUUAUUU